AUGUCAGACGGAACAUUUUUAGUUUGUUUAACAGGUCAAAUCGAAUGGAUAGAUAUAUUAGCAACAAGCGGCACUUCAUGGCAUUGUAAAUAUGAGUUUUCAUCAGGUCCAGACUGGAAAGUGUCAGGAGGAUUAGAAUCGGGUCUCUCUCAAGUUGCGAAUAUUGUGAACAAUGGUGAUAAAGUCAUACUAAAUCUACCGAUAGAAAUUCAGUUCAAAUCUACAAACCCUUACGGCUGGCCUCAAAUUGUUUUAAGUGUUUAUAAAAAUUCAACACUUACUGGAUAUGGAAGGUGUCACAUGCCCAUAAAACCAGGUAUAUAUAAGUUAGAAGUGUUUUUGUCGAAACCUCAAGCUUCGUCGAUGUUAGGAUAUUUAGCAUCAUUUUUUGGAUAUCAGCCAGAAUUAUUACAACCAAAAAUGUUAGCAACUACGGCAGGAAAUAAUCUGCUGCUUAUGGAAACCACAGGACACGCUUUAAUUUCAGUUAAUGUUAUUACACAAGGAUUCCAAAAUUUAGGAUAUGAUAGAGGAGCAGUAAAAGAUUGAUAAAACUAUUAAAAUUUUAAAAAGAUAAAUAUUUUAUAUUUUUGUACUCUUUACUGUAAUAAUUUAUUACAUUUUUAACAAUAAAAUAUAUC